CCCGGCAGGUGGCACAUGUCUGAGGUUAUCCAGGCUGUCUUCUUUGGGAUUUGUGUCUUGACCGACUUGUCCAGUCUUCUCACUAGAGGAAAUGACAGUCAAGAACAAGAGAGGCAGCUGAAAAAACUCAUUUCCCUCCGUGACUGGAUGAUGGCUGUUCUAGCUUUCCCAGUUGGAGUGUUUGUCGUGACGAUGUUUUGGAGCAUCUAUAUCUAUGACAGGGAACUGGUUUACCCAAAGCUACUUGAUAAUUUUAUACCAGCAUGGCUAAAUCAUGGAAUGCACACAACAGUUUUGCCCUUUGUAUUAAUCGAGAUGAGAACAACACAUCAUCAGUAUCCCAGCAGGAGCUGUGGACUGGCUGCAGUGUGCACCUUCGCUGUUGGCUAUAUUUUAUGGGUGUGCUGGAUUCACCAUGUUACAGGAGUGUGGGUGUACCCGCUUCUUGAGCACCUCAGCCCAGGUGUCAAAAUAAUCUUUUUUGCAGCUGUAACCAUAAUUAUUAAUAUAUUCUACUUGGUGGGAGAGGUCCUGAACAGCUACAUCUGGGAUACACAAAAAUGUAUCGAAGAAGGAAAAGAAAAGCCAAAAUUGGAGUGAACAACAAGAGGCAACACAGAGGAUUGUUUAUGGCUCCAUGGAAGAUUUCUCAUCCCCAACAGAGGUCACCAUGGAGAGGAAUCUUUGGAAAGGAGGAAGUUUAAUGGGCCUUCUGCUCAGUGCAAGGAUAUUUUUGGAUUUUAUAUGGAGGGAAAAUGAUUUUAGCUAAAAAUAAUAAUAUCGUUUCAACCUUCAUUCCUAUUUCUCCAUGCUUGCCUGUGACAUACACAUAUAAGAUGUAUAUUUAUCUCCAUGGCAUUCUCAAUGUGCAUUUCUUGAAUCAAAUAAGUCAUUAAAUCAUUAAAUCAUUAGAUCACUUCUGCCAAGAAGAACGAGUCCAUUCUCUGUAUUGUUUGAGAAAAGCUUAACCAGAUAGGUAUAAUGCAGGGAAACAAAACAAUUCUACAUAUUUCAAAGUACAGCAUACAAGUUAAUUGCAUGAAUGUAUCUAAAGAACAGUUCGGUUUGACUGAAAUAUCAAUGUAACAGCUGCCUUAAAUUUGUGAUGUUAAUAAUUUUAUCAGUCUAGUAAAAUCUUAUUUGCGGUGUUAGAAUAUCUUCUUAAAUAGGCCUAAAUAAAGAACAAAUUAUCCUUGCA